AAUUCUCUUUAUUCGAGUUACAAAUCAGGAAAUUGAACUAAUAAAUAAAAUUGUCAGAAAAUGUGCUUGAAUUUACUCCUGUUUAACAAAUAAAACUAAAUGGUUUUUAUGUCUUGUUCUAUACGUGUUAUUAAGUAGUGCUAUGUAAUUCUUAUUAUGAGUAACUUAAAACUUAUUGAUUGAUUCUGUAAAACAUAAUAAUAUCUCUUUACUGUGACUAAAAACAAGUUAUAAUGUGGACGUGGGUACUGAUUAGUUCAGUGCCCUUGUGGUUAAUGUCGGCAUGGUACUUUCCAAUAAUUUGGAAUCCACUUUACCUUUUAGUGUUGACUAUUUUUCUAGUAGUUUUGGUGUUUUCACUGACUUUAUGGGGACACAUCUCUCUGUCUUCGCCUCACCAGCCUUCGAUUUUUCUGAUGGAUAAAGUAGAAAAAGAGUUGAGGCAGUUGGAGGAAACUUUGAAGGAUGACCUAACUACAUGGCCGCAUGCUGUUAAAAAGAGCCACCUACCAGUUAUUUUUGGCCGCACGGUUGACAGUCAGUUACAGCAACUGAUUGACUAUGUCCUUAGGGACUUUGUUACCCGCUGGCUGAAAGAGUUUGCAUACAAACCGGAGCCUGUGGUGGACAAAUUCAAGGAACAUAUAUGGGGAGGAAUUAAAAAUCUACACGAGAGAUUGUUACGGGUAGAUGCAGAAAAGCUAUUGGCCAAUGAUAUGGUCUUGAAAAUUACUCAGCAUUUCGAGCGUAUUAGGAUUGCCCAGAGCUGUGCGCUAGAGCUAAACCAGGCACCAGUAUUUGCUCUAGCACCUCACUUGAUGUCCUGUGAGACUGAGCUGCACUACCUCCGUCAGACCAGUGAGCUGAUUAUCAUGUUCCUGAUGCCGAGAUGCUACUCCUUGUCUCCGGUAUCUCACUUCAUGAGAGAAGUGCUGGCUUGCAAAGUGUUCCAACCGGCCAUAGAUCUGAUCACGGAGCCCGACGUCAUAAACCAAAAGAUCAUCCAAUACCUCGAAGCUCAAAAGGAAGUGAACGCCAUGCAUGUCCGAACCCACGAAUACGCUAAAACAUUUGAGGACUACAUACGCCUAAUAAGCAGUUGUGAUAACGUCGACCAGUUGAAGCGGUUACGAUACGACAUAGUUACCCAAAUAAUGCAAGCAACCACCCUUCAAAACAUGAAAAGAGCUAAAGGCGUGGACGUGGACGCUGAAAAAGCAGGGCAGCAGAACGUAAGCCGCCAGCAGAUCGCAGAUGCCAAGAAACUGGAGAGAUAUAUCACGCAGCUCAGUAUAGCUAAACUUGAGUGCGAGGAGCAUCUCAAGAGCUUGGGCUGGGAUGGCGCCUUCCCUGCGGUUAAUGAGAACGAUAACAAGUGUCUCCCCCUCCACAAAGUGUUGGAGAGCGUGACCGGCCGGCGCUACCUGUCGAUGUUCCUGGAGACGAUGUGCUCGCAAGGCCUGGUCGGGUUCUGGAUGGGGGUGGAAGAGCUGCGGCACAGCCCGCGCAGCAGCUGGCAUCAGCUCGGCGCCGAGAUCUUCUACACGUACAUCAGGUCGCCCACGGCGGAGAUCAAGGUCGAUAAGGAUACGAGAAAACGAAUGGAGGCAUUCCUACUCGGUGAUAAAGGGCCGGAGGUGUUCUACGAAGUGCAAGACACCGUGGUCGACACAAUACAGCAGAAGUACUACUCGUCGUUUAUGCUCAGUGAGCAGUACAAAGCACUUAUGAUCGAGCUGGCGAACGAGGAGGCUAAUAAAGAAAUAAUCGCCGAAAGGUCUCCAAUAGAAGACCGCCAGUUGUCGAACGAGUCCGUGUCGUCGGCGGAGAGCGUCGCGGGCGCUCUGCACCUCACCGAGCACUCCACGUACGCGAGGCGGAAGCUCGACCAACUGCAGGAGAGGCAUAACAAUAAAACACAGGCGUUAGCGGCUCUCCGCGCCUCAUUGAAGCCCGAGUCCCGCGCUCUGGCCAUGCUCGAGAACGAGGUGGAGCGGCUCGCGGAGGAGCAGAUGCGGCUGGAGUCGCACCUGGCGCGCACCGACACCUGGGCCGAGCAUCUCGGCACGUGGCGGGCCACUGUGCAGAGCGCUGAGAUUUUGGACGAAAACAAGCCCCCGCAGUUCGUGAUAGUAGUGCACAUGGCCGAACAGGAAACUACCUCAAACGAAGACGAGAGGCCGGAGCAAAUCUCCACAGGCUGGGUUAUAUUGAGAACCCUGAACGAUUUCCAGGAUCUACAUCGAAAAUUAAGGCCUAUGUGUUCUGAAUUGAAAAAUUUGGAACUACCGUCGAAUUCUUUUAAGUUUCUGUUUGGUAAAAAUGAUAGAAAUUCCUUAGAUAAAGCGAAGAACCUCAUUCAAAAGUAUUUAGAAUUUGUUUUAGAAGACGAGAGACUGAACCAAAGUGAACCUUUAUAUACAUUCCUCAACGCAACCAGCGAAUAUAUGAGACAGGGAGGCAUUCCAAAGAAAAACAAAUUCUCAUUUUCUACGUUAUUUAAAAGUACAAGCAGCGAAGCAACGAAUAGAUCAUCGACGGAUCGCGAGGCGUUCACGCAUUUGUCGGCAGACGAAGAUGAAAUAUCGCUCUAUCUAGACGGAAAUGGCACGGACCCCGCCAAUAAGAACAUGGCUAAUGCUAUGCGAGGAGCCGGUCCAUUAGGCGAAGAGCGCGAUAGUAUAGCUGAGCCUUUGUACGCGCUACUGAGCGAGGUGUUUGACAUGCGUGGUGUGUUCCGAUGGCUCAGAAAAACUCUAGUCACUUUCGUACAAAUCACAUAUGGGAGAACUAUUAAUAGGCAAAUAAAGGAGACGGUAAUGUGGCUGUUCUCCGAACAAAUGCUGCAUUACUACAUCAGCGUAGUAUUGAAGUCGUGGUGGCCGGGCGGCGUGCUCAGCGAGACAAGCAACAGGAAUAUGCGGGACCGAGAGCACACACGCACGAUAGCGCUGGAACAACUAAGUGAGACGGUGGUGGACGCACUGUCGUCGCUGGUGGGAGCGCACGCGGCCGCGCGCGGCGCGCACAAGCUGUUCCACACGCUGCAGAACACCACGCACAACAAGCAGCUCGCCUACGUGAGUACUGUCAUUGCUUCCAACGAUAGCGCUGGAACAACUGAGCGAGACGGUGGUGGACGCGCUGUCGUCGCUGGUGGGCGCGCACGCGGCCGCGCGCGGCGCGCACAAGCUGUUCCACACGCUGCAGAACACCACGCACAACAAGCAGCUCGCCUACGUGAGUACUGUCAUUGCUUC